UCUCUCCACUGCCGCCUCCACAGCUCCACCGGUCCACCCACCGCUUCGGCCGCGCACGGAGUCGCGCCGUCCAAAAAUCCUACCGCUUCGCUGGAGAGCGCUGCAGUGGGUUGACGGGCCGGCGGCGGUGGAGAGGAGAUGCGGUUCACUGCGUCUCCGGUGGUGGAGCUUCCGGUGGGGGGCGCGGUGCUGACUUUCGAGCAGGACAACGACUCCUUCGAGGUGGGCACCUCUGUGUGGCCCUCGUCCCUGGUCCUCGUCAAGUUCGUCGAGCGCUGCCUGCGCGACCCGGCCCUCCCCUUCGCCGACGUGCUCCGCUUCCCCGGCACCCGGGCCGUGGAGCUCGGCUCCGGAUGCGGCCCGGCAGGACUCGGCCUCUCCCGCCUCGGCCUCACCGAUCUCGUCCUCACUGACAUCGCCGCCGUCCUCCCCGCGCUCCGCCGCAACCUGCGGCGCAACCGCGGCCACCUCCCCCGCGCGCCUCGCCUCGCCCAACUCCACUGGAAUUGCCCCGCCCAUCUCGCCACGCACGCCACCCCGCGCCGCUUCGACCUCGUCGUCGCCGCCGACGUGGUCUACGUGCAGGAGUCCGUGCCGCACCUCAUAGCGGCCAUGGACGCGCUCGCCGACGCCGAGCGCGGUGUGGUGUUGCUCGGCUACCAAAUCCGGUCGCCAGAGGCGCACCAGGCGUUCUGGGACUCCGUGCCGGCUGCUUUCCCGGUGAUCGAGAAGGUGGCACGGGAGCACCUGGAUCCGGACUACGCCUAUGAGGAAUCCGAUGUGUACAUACUCCGAAGGAGGCCACGGCAGUGAGGUCAGGUGGUGAGCUACUGCUAACAGUUUGCUCGUCAAAGUUGCUUAUUCAGCUCACAGCUAUGAAUGAAACUUUUGGUCAUAGUGAUCAGUGAGAAUAUGUAACUGAAAUGUUACAGGUUUUUCUUGAUGGGUGGAUGCAUUGUUGUUGGUUAGUCAACAACUUGACAUUUUUAUGAUGCAUAAGCCAUAAGAUGAUUGGAUCUAUUUGAUGAGCAUACCACUGUAGGGCGUUAUGAUUAUGUAGUCCUUGCUUUAAAUCGAGAGGUUGCAGCUUUGGUUUAGUUGCAAAUGCUAUACGCCUAUACUUGUAUUGUUUGUUAGGCCAUGUUGUGUUCGGUGAAAAUUUAAGUGGUUUACUAUGUUUUAUGUUGUGAACA